AUGAGUAAAUCCCUCAAUGCCCAAAUUAGUCGCCCUCCCAUCAGCGUAACGAAGGCUAUGGAUAAACUAGUACCAAACGACCACCGGGUCCGGUACGAGCAGUUCCAAAUACGCGGCAAAACAUACUCCGCCAUCGUGGCAGAACCCGCCCGCGAACCGAUUUCCACCAUCGUGCUGAUACAUGGCUUCCCAGACCUUGCGUUCGGUUGGCGUGUUCAGAUCCCAUACCUCCAGGCCCAGGGGUAUCGCGUCAUCGCCCCAGAUAUGCUUGGGUACGGGGGAACUGAUGCGCCGCAGAGUCUGGAGCAUUACAGCCUCAAGAGUAUGGCCUUGGAUAUAGCCAAACUGGCGCAGCUUUUCGUCGGUGAGACAGGACAAGUCAUCCUCGGCGGCCAUGACUGGGGUGGCGGACUUGUUUGGAGAAUUGCUCUAUGGCAUCCCGAGCUGAUCAAGGGCGCAUUUACCGUCUGUACACCUUUCAUGCCGCCAUCUCCGCACUACUCUUCCUUAGAGGAGGUUGUGGCCAAGUUGCCCAACUUCAGCUAUCAGACACAGUUUGCAGGCCUGGAGGUCGAGCAGCAGAUCCAAGGUGAAACCAAGCUCCGCCAGUUCUUUAAUGCUGUCUAUGGUGCAGAGGGGCCGAGCGGUGAAGUUGGGCUGAAAGUCAAGGGUGGUGGCAUACAAUUCGCUAACCUGCCCAAACUCGGUCAAAGCCCACUGCUUACUUCGGACGAGCUAGACUUCUAUGUGGAGCAGUACAUGCGCCAGGAGGCGCCUCAGAUGAGAGGUCCGCUCAACUGGUAUCGCAUUAGCUCUCUCACUCACAGAGAGGAACUGGAGUUGACGGAGAAGCCGGUUCUCUUUGAGUUCCCUGCGAUGCUGAUCACAGCAACAGAGGACGAAGCAUUGCCCCCUUGGAUGUCUCAUGGUAUGGAGCAGUAUUUCAAAAACCUCAAGAGGGUGGACGUAAAAGCCUCACACUGGGCCCUAACGGAAGCUGGGGAACAGGUCAAUCGUGAAAUUGCAAAAUGGAUCGACGACAUCCUCGCAAUGCCGGCGCUGUAG